UUGAACUGGAUGAGAAUUUCGUACCUUCGGUACCUGAAGUAUUUCGAGGUUUCCCAUCUAAUGAAAUUUCUAUGAUUCACAGUCAUGUAAGGAAUGUGAAUUAUGUGUACGAUACGUUAAAUUAUAAUAUUCCAUGCAUAGAGCCUUGUAUCGAUGUUAGACAAACUUUACCAUCAAAAACUAACGUUGAAGAAGAAUCACUGAAGUAUCAGUCAAACUUACAAUUUAAGUGGAUUCAUACGCCUCAUCUCUUGUGUAAGAAUAAUACUUAUGAAGUUACUGCACCCAAUUAUCAACAAAGUUUCCUCGAAUCGGUGGACAAUAAAUAUUUUCAAUUGCCCAUCGACAAAGUCAAUAAUUAUAAGCAGUGGAAUAUAGCCAAUGUGUCUCAUAUACCGCAUCAGAAAAGUACAUAUUUUAAAAAGAAAUUAUGUAAAACUGGGAUAGUAUCGAGUAAACAAAAUAAAAUGGAGAUUACAAACAUGCAAACAGGAACGUCCAUUUCAAAAUCAGAAAUAAACUGUGGAAAUUUACAUAACGAGGAUCAAGAUUUAAAAAAAUAUACGUGUACCGUAAACGAGAAUAAAAUUUUUAAUAUGGAAACACAAAAACGUUUCGAGCUAACAGUGAAACCUGAACAACAGGCGAUACAAGAAGAUAUAUUCAAAAUGGAUGUUGUGUGCUGGAAUGAAAAAAUAAAUACAAUAAUGAAUAGUCAGGUGCCUGAAAAAGAUAACUUUCCAAUGGAUAAUUUUAUAGCGCAUAGAAAACUUCAAACUAGCUUGCAAACGUUUCUAAAACGUGCUGAACAGGAAACUUUUAUUAAGUAUCCAACAUCGUCCCAAACAAAGUCGAUGCAGACAGUUCCCGCUACGUCCAAAUGUUGGAAACUCGUUACUCGGAAGAACCUGGAAAACAAAAACCGAUUAGAUCCUUCGAUAAACGGCAUUAAUAAUUCCGUCGAUACGAACUCGUCGAACGGCGCAAAGAAAUCGAGUGCAAGGAAAGCGUUGGGAUUGUCAAAUAUUUAUCCAAAACUGGCCCAAUUGCAAAUGCUUCGGAAGAGUUUAAACAUCGUUCUCGGUAAAGCGGAAACAGUAAAAUGUGAGAAAAAGGACACGGAAAAUUUACCAUACAAAUCCGCGGUGAAGCAAACGGAACGAAAUAACGUGAAUAUUUUACAACAAACUGCAUCUGUUACAAAGUUAUCUACCUUUAAGAAACAGUACUAUGAUACGUUGCUGAAUAUUCAGCAAGCUAAAGUGGCAGUGGCAAAUUCCUUGGCAAUAUCAUCUGUGGAAGAUUCCACCAAAUACGAUCCAUAUUAUUCAAAUCGCUCGUACCAGCAGCAGCAAUUGUUGCAACAACAUGGACAAUUAAUUGUAAACCCACAAUUUGCGGUGCAUACCAUGGCGCAAUCAAAAUUAUCAAACAUACACAACGCUCCGUACACUUGGGUGAGGUAUAAUGAUUGGAGACAUCCAACGGUGCGGCAAUUAAAAUUCCCACAACAGUCCCCGUUUCACCAUUCAAGGAACAAAGAGAAUUCUAUACUACAUUAUGUAAAAACAGUGGACAUUCAGUGUUUUGCACAAGAUAAAAGUAAGGAAACGAAGCAAUGCGUACAACGUAACAAGUUAGAAGACAUAGUUGGAAAAUUGAAGGAGAUAGAAAACAUUGAUAUAAAUGAUUAAAGGAUUUUCACUAACCUCUGUGAAGCUUUCGGUUCUUCAGAGUUAAAAAUAUGCUCGUCUAUAAAUAAGCACAAUUUUUAUGCAUGCACGACUAAACACGAUUUUUGAUCGUACCGAUAACGCUGGUCAAAUAUGUGUUUUUUAUCUAAACAAUCAAUUCAAUAAUCAAAGUUAAAUUGAAACGUUGGCUCUAGUUUUAAAUGACCAUUAUUGCUGAGGAACAAGAUGUAAACAGCACUAUUAUUUCGCUAAAUUUAUAAUUUUAUAAUCUACGGUGGAUUAACAAAGACAUAACACGAUUCAUAUAAUUUCAUUAGUUUUAAUCUCAUGAUAACUCCAUAUAACAAGUUAAAAAACAAAAUGUGUUCUGUGUUAACAUACACAUACUUUAAUCUAUUGCAUUUGAAUUAAACAAAACAUGUCUUAUAUUUUUCAAACCAGAGCCAAAUGACUUUUUUCUAUUAUUUCCUAUCUCAGUAUGCAUAAAUAAAUAGGAAGAUAGCAUGAUCGUAAAGAAUACGAACUAUUGUUUGCAAUACGUUGACCAGUGUAAUCGUAGAAAAAAAAAGAAAUCAAAUCAUAUUAAUAUAAUUACAGAGAGUUUUGCAAAAGUACAUUUCCUGGAAAUGAAUCUGCCAGAAGGUACACAUAUCUUUAAAAAAAUGUGAACGAUUGUGGAAUUAGGGAAAUACUGUGCUCCGCUGACUAGAAGUGACUAGAAGGGACUUUCUUGUCAGCGUAGCACAGUACAUAUUAGAUACAUGUUUUCGUUCUCCUGUUCACCUCGUACCGAUCUCAAUGGUUGAUAAAAAACAUUGGUACGUUUACUUUUCAACGUAUCAACGUUUCGCUUUUACUUAGCUUUUACUAUCGUGUCUUUUGGCACUGGUAAAAAGAUAAUAAUCGUGAGUGUUGUAGUAAUCGCGAAUGUCUUUAAUAAUUUCGUUUGUAUUUCGGACGAUUGCGUGACAAUUUCGCAGGGACAUUCGUACCGGCGCCAAUCGAUCUUAAUACUUACAACAUGUCAACUAACAAAUGUACACGUGUUGUUCGAUUAACAUAGAACAAAGUUGCUUCUAACGGCUAACAAUUUGUGGUAUAUUCAUAUUUAACAUAUAACAUCGUAUUCACUCUUGACCUACGUACUGGCUAAUCCCGUACAAAGUCGUUUUAUCAUUUAUCUCUAAGUGUACAAAAUGGCUUAAAAGAAUAAACGAUAAUUGCUAACUUAGGUGUUAUAUGGAUCAUUGAUCGUUAUUGUCCAGAACAAACGCUCUGAAGCGCGACAAAUUACCAAUAUGUUUAAAGAGUAAACGGUACGUAACUUUGGUAAUUCAUCGUACCACAUUUUAUCAACACGCAAUAAUUGUUUUUUCAUCUCAAAAAACAUUCAACACUCUAGUCUCGCAAUGGGCCUAUGAUAGAAACAUUAUUACAUUUAAUGUUCGUUAUUAUUGGUAUUGGCAGCAUCAUUUUCAGACACCAUAAAUUCAUUUGCGUAACAACGAUGCUCUCAAUAAUUAGUAUCGAUAUCUAGGUAGGAAUUUGGAUACGAAGGAUCCACACCGACCAAUAUUUUUAUGAACAAAAAUUUAGGCCAAAGGAUUCUUGCAUCACAUGCAUCAUAUAUUUCGUUUGGAUUGUCAUUAUUUAGCAAUACAAUGAUUAACGAACGUGAUAGAUGUGCAUAUGCAAGGCUUCUUUAGAUUAUAUAAUUACUCCACCGUUUCAAAGGUUUUUUUAUUUUGUUCGAAUAAAUUUCUAAUACCAUGAAUAAUUCACAGCAUAAAUUUCUAAUAUUUUAAUUCUUCGAUGAAUAAUGAUAAAAAUAUUUCUAUAGAAUAUGAAUACUUUACAAAUAAAUAACAUAUUCUUCGUGAAGUCGAAACUACAAAAAAGGAACGGUGAUGUCUUUAUUACAAAAAUUGUAAUACUCAAAUAAAAAAUAGGAAAGUGAAUCGUAUUGUAUUGGUGUACUAUACGAAAACAGAAAUAAUAAUAAUAAAUUAUUGUUUUGUGCGUUGAAUGAGUGCUACUGUUUGCCAACUUCAUCGACAUGAAUAUUCAUCUAAAAAUCAAUUUAAAUUUGUGAUAGUCUUAUUUAAAAUUGAAAAGAAAAAUAAUAAGUGACGGAAAGAAAAUUGUAGAUUAUUUCAAUAACAAGUGUUGCAGAUUCGUAUACUAAAUAUAAGUUUAACAAUUCAUUUAUGACGAGACAUUGCAAAUUGUAGUAAGGUAAAGCCUGAAUACUAAGUUAUUGAAAAGUAAUAAAGUCAUUUGAUAUACAUGACACUCAAAGAGCGUUAUAUUUCUUUUCUGGCAGUGUCCAUACAUAUUUUUCUUCACCAUUUUGGUUGAACUCGCAAGCUAAAUAUCUUACACGGUGUAACGUUUCCAUCAGACACUCUUAUGAAAUCUAUUCGCACUUUCAAACAUUUUGCUAGUAUACCAGCAAAUAUACCAUGUACAAGAAAAAUUACAUUUACUUCUUCGUUGUGUCCAAGUGAACCAAAUUACAUCAUCGUCAAUGUUUGCCACAACGAAGCUACUAUAAUAUAUAUAUAUAUAUAUUAUUAUUCAUAAUAUGAUCCUAUUAUGAACACGCACUUUUUUCCCUUACGCUAAUUAAUUUAUUAGACAACUAACGCGUUACACACGCCCAACAUGUAAUUAAAUGUCCGAUGUGUGUGUAUAUAUACUCUAGUAUCGUAUCAAAAGACGAAGUAGCUGUUACUUAUGGCCCUAAUUGAGAAUAGUUAACUUCUUCAUAUCCGUACGAUUAUAGUGGUAUCUUAAUGUAAUCAACUGAAAUAAAAAAAAAAAAAAAACAAGAGGUCCCAAAUGUAAUCCACUCUGACGCUUGGUGUGCCAGUUGUCAUACGAUAGAAAAAGAUUUUAAGGAUUGAUUGGUCAGAGAAAACGCAAUCUUUCGAUACUAUCAAAGAUGAGUUGUACCUCUAACACGAUAUGUAUGUACUAAAAAUUACUUUGUUCUUCGCAUUCGAUGAGUCAGUAAAGAGACAAAGUUGUCUAAAAGUAUCGGACUAGUAAACGACUAAAGACUUUCGUUAAAGUAAAGAAGUAAUGCAAUACCGCUGAUGUAUUUUUACAUUCCCUGUCUAACCACUUUGAAAUUAUAUACAAUAUUUUGAAAAUAGUGCGUAUAUCGUUUAUAAAAAUAGAGAUGGACUUUUCCUCGACUAUCCAAUUAGAUAUAUAUGUAUAUAUAUAUCUAAAACUGAAUUAUUAAUGCGUAAAAUGCUAUCAAAAAAUUGUACCUCUAGUUUUAAAAAUGCCUUAUUAAUGUGACUCACGUUAUGAGAAAUAAUGUUAACAGCUGUAUUCUAAAUUUGUGAAACUCAUUUCUAUGUCCAUCUCUGUGCAACAAGAGUAAAGAGUAAACGGAGUAACGUAAUUCAAACAAUAUGCUCCAUAUAUAUACUAAUUUGUCGUAACAGAAUAUGUUGUAAUUGUCAAGAAUGAUUAGUAAACAAAUAUUUCAAUGUUUACGUGCUAGUGGUCUUACGCUUACAAAUAAUCCCAUUAAAACUUACUUAGACGUAUCAUUUUGUAUAUAAUGGAAUGAGACAAUAUCGUCUGUACAUCGAAGUCGGGCAGUCUGGUUUUAUCGUGCGAACCGUCAGGACCCAAACAACUAAGGAGAAAUCAUUGUCGUUUUGGCAGCAUAAUAUACAAGGCAGCGAUAACUUUUAUACAGAAUUCCUAAAUGUUUGGACGUGACGAUUUUGUCCUGGAAACACGACCGUUACACGCAGCCAUCGCGUCGAGUAACCGAUCGAUGGCUUGAAUAUCAAAUUACAUAUAAUUUUAUGCACAGAGACAAGAUCAUAGCCAUACAAGAUGGUAGAAUAGGGACCACAGAGUUCUCCAUACUCACUGCGUUAUUACUUUGACAUUAGGUGCAACUUUAGCGACAUAUAAACGUUUUAAACAACAUUCGUUUCGAAACAAUAGAAUUAUUUUGUCGACGUAAACAAUAAGAUAUUAUUUCCAUUGGUUUAAUGUAAAACGGAAAAGUUCGGUAAGAUAUUGCAAAACUAUUGUU